GCUAAGGGUCUGAAUGAAACCUGUUCCAAUUAAAUUUUUGUGGACAAAGGCCACACAUGGCUUCCUCAGAUAACAGGUGGCAAUAAAUCCAUCAGCACAGCCACUUUCAGAGAACAGAGUCCCCACUGAACUGUUAACAGGUGCCAGUAGCUCACUGAGUACCUCACACAAGAUGGGCUCUAAGUGAGUUUCACUUGCCUGGGCAGACUUUCUCCCCUCUUCGGUAAAGGCUGCGGAAGGACCUUCCCUGAGAACUCAGCCCAGUCCUCACCAUGCUCAGGACGGUUUUGGACGCCCCUCGGCGGUGGCUGCAGGAGGGGAGAGAGUCCCGGAAGCUGGUGCUGGUAGUGGUGUUUGUGGCGCUGCUCCUGGACAACAUGCUGCUUACUGUGGUGGUGCCCAUUGUGCCCACCUUUCUAUAUGCCACAGAACUUAAAGAAGUCAACACUUUGUACCUCAGCCCGGUCACAACUUCCCAGCAUGCCCUCACUUCUCCUGCCUUUUCCACCAUCUUCUCCUUCUUUGAUAACAACACCAUGGCUAUUGAAGAAAGUGCGCCCCGUGGCACAGCAUGGACAAAUGGCACUUCUAGUACCAUCAGCCCUCCAGUCACUGGAGCCAUCUCAGCCCAUAAAAACAACUGUCUGCAAGACACAGAAUUCUUGGAGGAAGAGAACAUACGGGUCGGCGUUCUGUUUGCUUCAAAGGCUCUGAUGCAACUUCUGGUCAACCCAUUCGUGGGGCCUCUCACCAACAGGAUUGGAUAUCACAUUCCCAUGUUUGCUGGCUUUGUUAUCAUGUUUCUCUCCACAGUUAUGUUUGCUUUUUCUGGUACCUAUACUCUGCUGUUUGUGGCUCGAACCCUUCAAGGCAUUGGAUCUUCAUUUUCAUCGGUUGCAGGUCUGGGGAUGCUGGCAAACAUCUACACCGAUGACGACGAGAGAGGCCGUGCCAUGGGAAUUGCCUUGGGGGGCCUGGCGCUGGGCCUGCUGGUGGGAGCUCCCUUCGGAAGUGUGAUGUAUGAGUUUGUUGGGAAGUCUUCACCCUUCCUCAUCUUGGCCUUCUUGGCCCUACUGGAUGGAGCACUCCAGCUUUGUAUCCUACAACCUUCCAAAUUCUCUCCUGAGAGUGCCAAGGGGACUCCGCUCCUUACACUUCUCAAAGACCCUUAUAUCCUGGUGGCUGCAGGCUCCCUCUGCUUUGCCAACAUGGGAGUGGCCAUGCUGGAACCCACACUGCCCAUCUGGAUGAUGCGGACCAUGUGCUCCCCUGAGUGGCAGCUGGGCCUAGCUUUCCUGCCUGCCAGCGUGUCCUAUCUCAUUGGCACCAACCUCUUUGGUGUGUUGGCCAACAAGAUGGGUCGGUGGCUGUGCUCCCUGAUUGGCAUGGUGGUAGUCGGUACCAGCUUGCUUUGUGUUCCUCUGGCUCAUAAUAUUUUUGGCCUCAUUGGCCCCAAUGCAGGGCUUGGCUUUGCCAUAGGCAUGGUGGAUUCCUCCAUGAUGCCCGUCAUGGGACACCUGGUGGACCUGCGCCACAGCUCCGUGUAUGGGAGUGUCUAUGCCAUCGCCGAUGUGGCUUUUUGCCUGGGCUUUGCUGUAGGCCCAUCCACCGGGGGUGCCAUUGUGCAUGCCAUCGGCUUCCCCUGGCUCAUGGUCAUCAUCGGGGUCGUAAACAUCACCUAUGCCCCUCUCUGCUACUACCUGAGGAGCCCCCCAGCCAAGGAGGAGAAGCUUGCAAUCCUGGGCCAGGACUGCCCCAUGGAGACCCGGAUGCAUGCAGUCCAGAAGUCCAGGAGGGCAUUUCCCCUGGGGGAGGACAGCGAUGAGGAGCCUGGCAGUGAGGAGUAGCAGCAGAAGGUCGCCCCUGAGCCUGUCACAUGUGGAUACACGAGGCUCAGACGUCAAUGACCACCUCUCCCUGGAACCAGCUCACCAUGGGCCAAUCAGUAGGCUUCCCUUCCCUCUUCUGUGGGCGUCUCUUUUCCUCCCACAGGUGCCAUCUCAGGUUCUCUCCUCACCUGUGUAACCCAUAGCUCUCCCUCUAUGUUUUGAUGCCUCAGGCGGCCCAUCUUUUGUGGGAAUACAGAGUGAUGCUUUCUUGCAGCUUCUAGGAGGCUGAUUAAACUUAAGCUGUGACAGGUUCUGCAAGGGAUGACUCAUUUCCUGGAGGCGGCACAAUAUGCCCCUGAAACCAGUGGCGUGACUGACAAACUUCAUUUCAUCUGUUGUUUGAUUUUCUUUGGCACAUUCCCAACAGACUAUCAUGGUUUUGUGCUCUGUUCUCAACACGAUCCUCCCUGCCGAGUUUCCCUCCGUGGUUGAGAAAGCAUCCUCAAGGUUGUGCUGCUGCCAAAUUGCCAAUUUGGGAAAUCUUUUGUCUGGUUUUUGUAAGCUGGGUGUUUUUUUCUGUAGCAAAAUCUACAGCCGCUAACAUGACUUUGCCCUCAGUGAAUGUGAGGGUCCACUUUUCUUCAUCACCAAACGGAAGGGAAAGAGCCCAUUUCUCUUAUGCUUGAGUUACUGGCAUUCUCACUAUG